AAUUGACUUCACCCUCACCCAAUUGCCGACACCGACGUCCGUUGAUGGCAGCACAAAUUGUGUCCGUGCACCACAUUCUUAUGUUAUAUACAACGUCACACCCAACUGCAUUCCCAUCCUAGUGCAAGCACACCCAUUUCCCUACUUUGUGCUCGAGCAGCAACAUCAAGUAAGCUCGAGCAAUGGCAAUCACGGCCGAGUCGGAGGUCAAAUCGCAGAAUAAUGUAGCUUCGGCAGCUGGGAACCGGGCUGAGGGGGAGGCGAGCGGCGCCGCGGUCGUCGAAGGGGCGGUUUCUGAGGCCGGCCAGGAGGAGUCCAGCGAUCAGACGUGCGAGAAAGGUCGAGGGAAGAAGGAAGCGAGCGGGGACGAAGCAAAGGAUCACGGGGCAAAGAGAGAGGAGGAGGUGGGAGUUGAAGUGGAGCCGAGGACUGGGGUCUCAUUCCCAGUUAGACAGGAGGAUGGUAAGCAAUUGAACUCUGUGGGUUUGAGGAUAAAGUCCAUGCUCGGGGUGGGACUCAAGAUCUAUGGCUUUGGUAUAUAUGCAGAUAAUGAGAAGCUGAGAGAUUUGCUGAAGUCCGAGUUCAGGGAAGCCCCGGCAAGGCCGACAGAGGAAAUGUACCAGAAGGUAAUAGACAGUGAUGUGGGGAUGAUGGUGAGAUUGGUGAUAGUAUUUUCCGGCCUCACCAUGAGCAUGGUAAGAAGCAACUUCAGCGAUGGCCUUGGAGGAGCCAUUAAGAAGCUCACCAGUGGGAAGAAGCAUGAGGAUCUCACAGACAAGGUCAUGGGUGAAGCAUCAGAUGAUAUCAAGCUAACAUCCGGUUCUGUAAUAGAGAUUUCUCGCCUUCCAGGAUAUACUCUCCAAAUUAAAGUGACGGAUAAGGUCGUGAGCAAGAUACAGAGCGAACUUCUAUGCAGGGCAUACAUCUAUAUGUAUCUCGGAGACGAUGCAUUCGACAUGGAAGCCAGAGAAAAGUUUGGGAUGUCCAUGCUCAAGCUUUUCUAGAGGCGUGAUUGAAAGAACUCAAAUGGAAAUAAGUGGAGUGCACCGGUUUUCCUCCUCUACCCAAUGAAGCAGUAAGAUUAUGCUCAAGAACUUAUUACUUUAAUUUCUGAAACAUAUCAAAAUAUAGCUCCAGCAGCAAAUAUCAUUACAUGGCUAUACAAUAAUAUUGGUUUCCACACA